AUGAAGGCUAGUGAAGAACGUCUCUUGAAACAUAUGGAAAGCAUGUUUGCUCAUUUUUCUAUGUGUAGUGGAGGACAUGACGAUGAUGCCGAGUCCUCUCAUGGGCCCCAUCGUAGCCUUUUAGGAGGAGGCUCUCUUGCACCCAAAAUCACUAAGUUGGACUUUCCAUGCUAUAAUGGCAUGGAUGAUCCAACUGGGUGGACUUGUCGAGUGGAACAAUUUUUUGAGUUUCAAGGCAUGGAAGAGGCGGAAAAACUCCCCAUGGCCGGUUAUCACUUGGAAAGGGAUGUCCAAUUGUGGUAUCAAAGUUUCAAAAAUCAGCGAGAAGGCAUCAAUUGGGAAGUUUUCAAGUACGAGUUGCAUUUACGAUAUGGGCCUUCAACAUACCAAAAUUUUUUGGGGGAUCUCAUCAGGCUUAAGCAAACGGGAAGCAUCCGCGAUUACCAAAGGGACUUCGAUCGUUUAUUACAUUGA